AUGUUUGCAGUUGAAAAUCUUUCUCUAAAACCAGAAGGAGCCAAGAGGCAGAAGAUCGAACCGGAGAUCGACGGGUCCUCGUCAUCAUCGUCAUCUAGUAGCUGUGGCCAUUGGUACGUUCUUCACGGAGUCUGCACCGGCUGCGAAUCAACGGUGGAAAAACGCCAAGGUCGAGCAUUCGAUUAUCUAUGCGACGGUUUGCAGCUAAGCCACGAAGCUGUGGCGUUAACAAAGCACCAUAUAACGAGAUUCUCUUGUCUCAACGAGAAGAAGCUUCACCUUGUCCUUGACUUGGACCACACGCUUAUCCACACCGUUAGGGUUUCAAAACUCUCCGAAUCAGACAAGUAUUUACUCGAAGAAACAACUAGAAGGCAAGAUCUGUGGAAGAUCAAACUCCAAGGAGAUGAUCUCAUUGAAUACUUGCUGAAACUACGGCCUUUUGUUCGCGGUUUCUUGGAAGAAGCCAACGAGAUGUUCACAAUGCAUGCUUACACAAUGGGUACUCGAGUUUACGCUAAAGCCAUCUUGGAGGUGCUUGAUCCGAAGCAAAUCUAUUUCGGGGAAAGAUUGAUAACGAGAGACGAGAGUCCUUAUAUGAAGACUCUUGAUUUGGUUUUGGCUGAUGAGCGUGGAGUGGUGAUUGUGGAUGAUAACCCUGAUGUUUGGAUCGAUCACAAGAUUAACUUAGUGGAGAUUAGCGGAUAUUAUUAUUUCAGAAUGAAUAAUAAGCAACAUUCUAAGCCUUGUAAGAAGAUAGACGAGAGUGAAAGCGACGGUGGAUUGGCCAAUGUUUUGAAAUUGCUCAAGGAAGUUCACUUUGGAUUCUUCAGAGUCGACGACGAGCUGGAGUCAAAAGACGUGAGGUUGCUGCUACAAGAGAUAGAAUUCAAUCGUCUCAAUCAUUACCUACAGUAG